AUGUUUCACCUAAUUAAGAAAGACAAGGAAAAGGAGAAGGACUUGGGCAAGAAGGAGAAGAAAGAGAAGAAAGAGCGUAUGUCCCAGGCAGAGUUAAGGAGCCUGGAAGAGAUGAGCAUCCGUCGAGGAUUCUUCCACCUCAGUCGAGGGAGUUCUAAGAGGGACUCUAGGAGCAAGCUGGAGAUCUCCAGUCCUAUCCCAAUUAAGGUGGCUACCAACAUGGAGCUCAGUCUGACAGACCUGGAGGCAGAGCGCCUUCACAGCACCCUGGGGCAGGAUAUGAGGCAAAUAAGCGCAAGUACCUCUGGAGAAGACAUGAGGGUAAAUGAACUGGUUCAUCAUCGCAGCUCUGUAAAGGAGAGAGCAGCUAAGUUUGGGGAAUUGGCCAGGGUGAAUUCUUUAGGAGGCCAGAGGCAUGUGUCUUUUUCCUUGAAGAGCAAAGGGGAGGCUUCAAAUCUUUCUGGGCAGAACUGGACUCCAUCUUCUUGGAGGUCCCACCUCAACCUAAAAGGCAUCAACACGGUUCACAUUCCUGAGCUGGUGGAGAAGACGUUCCCUGGUGCAGACCUACAGUUGCCUGUGCUUGUCACUCCGCCGAUACCAGAUCCCAGAGAGUUGGAGCUACAGCGACGCAACACCGGGGAUUUUGGCUUCUCUUUGCGGAGGACCACCAUGCUCGACAGGCAGCCUGAUGGAGGAGUGUGUCGGCGGGUGGUGCACUUUGCCGAACCAGGUGCUGGGACCAAGGACCGAGCUCUUGGACUGGUUCCAGGAGACAGGCUGGUGGAGAUCAAUGGGAUCAAUGUGGAGAACAAGAGCAGGGAUGAGAUUGUGGAGAUGAUCCGUCAGUCUGGAGAGUGGGUGCGGCUGAAGGUUCAGCCAAUUUUGGAACUGAGCGAGCUGAACCGCAGUUGGCUGAGAAACGCUGAAGGCCUGCACAAAGACGUCUUUGAAUCCUUUGACACCAAACAAUAG